AUGGGAUCAGCAGAUGAGGAAGAAUUGACCAGAGAGAAAGAGGCAAAGCGGAAGGCGAUAGGGAAAGGAAAAGAGAAAGUAAACCAGACCGAGCCCAUACUCCCUUUCCCAGGCAGAACAGCCAAGGAACAAGAAAAAGAAGAAUUAACCGAGCUGGUCAAAAUCUUCAAGAAGGUGGAAGUCAAUAUGCCCCUUUUGGUCGCAAUACGCUCUAUGCCCAGAUGUGCGAAAUUUCUCAAAGAACUCUGCACUAGGAAAGUCAAAUACACUGAUGAUGUGAAAUUUCAAGUGGGAGAAUCUGUAUCCGCGAUCUUACAAAGAGAUAUGCCGAUAAAAUGUGGAGAUCCUGGGAUGUUCUACAUUCCUUGUGUGAUAGGAACAAUGAAAGUGGAGAAGGCGAUGCUCGAUUUGGGGGCAUCCAUCAACGUUAUGCCCUUAUCCAUGUACCAGGAUCUGGAGAUAGGACCGCUGAAGCCCACCCGAGUGGUAAUCCAACUGGCAGAUCGAUCAGGUGUCUACCCAGAGGGGAUAUUGGAAGACGUGCUGGUCAAAGUGGAGGAACUCAUCUUUCCAGCGGAUUUUUACAUUCUCGACAUGGGGAAGUCAAAAGCACGAGAUCCUGUAAUGCUUUUGGGCAGACCAUUUCUAAAGACUGUCAGGACUCGCAUAGAUUGUGAUACGGGAAAGCUAACAUGUCAGUUUGAAGGGGAAACGGUGACCUUCGACAUAUACAAUGCCAUGAAGCAUCCAGCUGAUACAGAGAUGGUGAGAAGUGUCGACAUGAUCGAGAAAGUUGUUGAGGAGGUUUUGCCUAGUGCAGCAUUCAAGGAGCCAUAUGACAUAAUAAUCCAGAACGCCAUAACAGAGGAGGACUUGCAAGAGGAGCAUUUGCAGGAAGCGGUGAAGGAACUAAAUACGUGGAGCACAGAAGUCAACUACACUGAGGCACUGAAAAUCCCAACCUUGAAGGAGGAAGACCGACUGGUACCUUCGAUCCAAAGGGCACCCAAGCUAGAGCUGAAGUCUCUGCCCAAACACCUCAAGUAUAUCUUCUUGGGCGAGGAUGACACUUUGCCCGUGAUCAUCAACUCAGAGUUGACACUUGAAAACGAGAACAGAGUCAAGAUGACUUUGGGGAAAUACAAGGAAGCAAUUGGAUGGACUCUAGCCGAUAUAAAGGGAAUAAGCCCCACCGUAUGCAUGCACCACAUAUUGUUAGAGGAAGAUGCAAUUUCAGUCAGAGACCCCCAGAGGAAACUGAAUCCAGCUAUGAAGGAAGUAGUGAUGAAAGAAAUACUCAAGCUAUUGGAUUUGGGCAUAAUAUACCCAGUAUCCGAUAGCAGGUUGCAAACCGGCUGGAGGGUGUGUAUUGAUUACCGCAAGCUCAACCAGAAGACGAGGAAGGAUCACUUUCCCUUGCCCUUCAUCGAUGAGAUGCUGGAAAGACUUGCGGGGAAUCAGUAUUUUUGCUUUCUAGAUGGAUACUCAGGCUACAUGCAGAUUUGGGUCGCAGAGGAGGACCAGGAGAAUUGCAUCGAAGUCUUCAUGGAUGAUUUCACGGUGUAUGGGCAAACUUUCGACUCGUGCUUAGACAAUCUGGAAAAGGUACUGCAGAGGUGCGUGGACAAGAGCUUGGUGUUGAACUAUGAGAAGUGCCACUUCAUGGUCAGAGAAGGAAUUGUGCUCGGAUAUGUAAUAUCAGGCAGAGGAAUAGAGGUGGACAAAGCAAAAAUUGAAAUCAUUGCCAAGCUACCAUAUCCAACUAACAUUAAACAGCUACGAGGAUUCCUUGGGCAUGCUGGAUUUUACAGAAGGUUCGUGAAGGACUUUGCAAAAAUUGCCCAACCUAUGACAAGGCUGUUACAAAAUGAAGUGGAGUGGAAUUUUGAUGAGGAUUGCAAGGAGGCGUUCCAGAUCUUGAAGAACAAUCUAAUCUCCGCACCCAUAAUACAGCCCCCUGAUUGGGGAAUGCCUUUUGAGGUUAUGUGCGACGCCAGUGGAUAUGCCAUAGGGGCAGUGCUUGGGCAGAAGCGGGGAAAGGAGAGUCACGUCAUCUAUUAUGCCUCGAAGACACUGAAUGGAGCUCAAGUAAAUUAUUCCACGACAGAGAAGGAGAUGUUGGCAGUGGUGUUCGCCUUUGAAAAAUUCAGAUCUUACCUGCUUGGAGGAAAGACCACAGUCUACACCGAUCAUGCGGCUCUGAAGUACCUUCUGGCCAAGAAGGAAUCUAAACCCAAGGUGAUUCGAUGGGUUCUGCUACUACAAGAGUUCGACGUGGAGAUAAAGGACAAGGCUGGAGCACAGAACCAAGGGGCUGAUCACCUCAGUAGGAUCGUGAGGAAGGAAGAAGGGGAACCAAUCAAGGAGACGUUCCCGGAUGAACAAUUGUUCUAUGCCCAGGGAAGAAGAGAAGAUUCGUGGUACGCUGAUUUGAGCAAUUAUCUCUGCUCUGGGUAUGUACCCCCUGGGUAUACUUAUGCCCAGAGGAAGAAAUUGGCCAAAGAUAGCAGAGAAUACAUAUGGGACGAACCAUACAUGUGGAAGCAAUGCGGAGAUCAAAUGCUUCGGAGAUGUAUUCCACAAGAGGAGAAUUGCCCACAAUGCCAGCGAGAAGGGAACAUAACCAGGAGGAAUGAAAUGCCCAUGAUGCCCAUUAUGCCCGUAGAGAUCUUUGACAUUUGGGGAAUGGAUUUCAUGGGACCUCUUCCCAGCUCGAGAGGAAAUUUGUACAUCCUACUUUUGGUGGAUUAUGUCUCCAAGUGGGUGGAGGCAAAAGCAUCACCGACGAAUGAUUCAAAGGUAGUGGUGAAUUUCUUGAAGACUAACAUUUUUUGCAGGUUUGGUGUACCCAGAGCAAUCAUCAGCGACCAAGGAUCUCAUUUUUGCAAUUUCUCGGUCGAAAACUUGUGCAAAAAGUAUGGAGUCCAACAUCGAGUUUCGACAGCCUAUCACCCACAAGCCAAUGGGCAGGCCGAGCUUUCAAAUCGCAUAAUCAAAACGAUUUUGCGAAAGACCGUUGGCCCAACAGGGAAGGACUGGAGUCUCAAGUUGGAAGAUGCCUUAUGGGCAUACCGGACUGCAUAUAAAACUCCAUUCGGGAUGUCGCCAUAUCGAAUGGUGUAUGGCAAGAGGUGUCAUUUACCGGUGGAAUUGGAGCACAAGGUGUUCUGGGCAGUGAACAAAGUAAACUAUGAUUGGGACAAAGCAGGGCAAGCAAGGAAGCUAGAGAUUCAAGAGCUCGAAGAAAUCAGGAGGGAGGCAUAUGACAAUGUUGUACUCUACAAGGAAAGAAUGAAAAAGAGCCAUGAUGCCUUGAUCACAAGCAAGCAAUUCAGCCUUGAUGGUUUGUCAGGUUAUUAUCAAAUAGCAAUCGCGCCGGAGGACCAGGACAAGACGGCAUUCACCACCCCUUUUGGUACCUUUGCGUGGAAGAGGAUGCCAUUUGGGCUGUGCAAUGCACCGGGGACCUUCCAACGGUGCAUGAUGUCGAUCUUCGCGGAAAUGAUAGGUGAUUUUGUUGAAAUUUUUAUGGAUGAUUUUUCCGUGUUUGGUAAUUCGUUUAGCGAUUGCUUGGGCAAAAUUAACUUGGUGUUAAAAAGGUGUAUAGAGAGUGGGUUAACUCUUAGCUGGGAAAAGAGUCACUUCAUGGUGACUAGUGGCAUCGUUCUUGGCCACGUCGUGUCAAAAGAUGGCAUAGAGGUCGAUAGGGCUAAGGUGGAGGUGAUUGAAAAAUUACCACCACCAAUCGAUGUGAAAGGCAUUAGGAGUUUCCUAGGUCAUGCCGGGUUUUACCGGCGUUUCAUUAAGGAUUUUUCUAAGAUUACCCAACCUUUAUGUCGUCUGCUUGCUCAAGAUGUUGAUUUUGAUUUUAAUGAAACUUGUAUGCAUGCUUUUGAAUUGCUGAAGCUCAAGUUAAGCACUGCACCUGUUGUUGUUGCACCUAAUUGGUCUUUGCCUUUUGAGAUUAUGUGCGAUGCUUCAAACUCUGCUGUGGGGGCCGUUCUUGGUCAACGUGUUGACAAAAUGUUGCGUGUGAUUUACUAUGCUAAUGGUUUAUCAGGAUACUACCAAAUCGCAAUCACACCAGAAGAUCAAGUCAAAACUGCCUUCACCACGCCUUUUGGGACAUUUGCAUGGAAGAGGAUGUCGUUCGGAUUGUGCAAUGCACCCGGGACGUUUCAACGAUGCAUGAUGUCCAUAUUCUCUGAUAUGAUUGGUAAAUUCGUGGAGGUUUUUAUGGAUGAUUUUUCGGUUUUUGGGCAGUCUUUUCAUGAUUGUUUGACUAAGAUUGAUGUAGUGUUGCAAAGGUGUAUUGAAAGUGGCCUAACCUUGAGUUGGGAAAAGAGUCAUUUCAUGGUUACUAGCGGGAUUGUCUUGGGUCAUGUGGUGUCUAAGCAUGGACUAGAGGUCGACAGAGCCAAGGUGGAGGUAAUCCAAAAGUUGCCACCCCCUAUUGAUGUCAAAGGGAUUAGGAGUUUCUUAGGUCACGCCGGUUUUUACCGGCGUUUCAUUAAAGAUUUCUCUAAAAUUAGCCAACCUCUAUGCAAACUGCUAGCUCAGGAUGUUCCUUUUAAUUUCGAUGACUCUUGCAUGCAUACCUUUGAAACAUUGAAACUUAAGUUGAGCUCUGCCCCGAUUGUGAUUGCGCCUGAUUGGUCAUUGCCCUUUGAGAUCAUGUGUGAUGCGUCUAACUCUGCUGUAGGAGCGGUGCUAGGUCAGCGUGUGGAUAAGAUGUUACCUGUGAUUUACUAUGCUAGUUUAACUCUGAAUAGUGCACAAGUAAAUUACACCACUACUGAAAAAGAGAUGCUUGCUGUGGUCUUUGCCUUAGAUAAAUUUAGAGCAUACAUCAUUGGGUCUAAGGUCAUUGUCCAUAGUGACCAUGCCGCGCUUCGAUAUUUGAUGACCAAACCUCAAGCUAAAGCU